UACCUCUCUAUCACAAAACAAUACUAAUCGCUCCCUCUCUCCAAAAAAAUGGGUGUUUCUCAACAUCUCACCUCUUUUAGCUGUGAGCUAAGAAUCACAAGAGUGAAAAACAUUGACUACUUGAUCAAGUCCAGUGGACAAGUGUUUGUUAGAUGCUAUCUCUCUGCAGGAAACAACACUAGAGUUCGACUAGAAACACUGGAAAUCUCGUCCAAAUCCAACUUGUUCUUCAACUACUCCCUUUCACUAAACUGUUUUGGUCCCCAAGACUCCAUGGCCAAGCUCAUGGAAUCAGGAACCGCCGUCUUCGAACUCCGGCAGAGAAAGAUGACUCGACCCUUUCUUGGGAAGGUCGGAUCAAAUCUCUUGGCCAAGGCCGAGGUUCCAUGGAAAUCCGUUUUCGAAUCCCCGGAAAUGGAAAUUGAGAGAUGGGUUUUCAUGGUUCCGAAAAGUAGACGUGGUAAUGAAGAUGAAAAGCCGCCGGCGGUGGAAGUAGCCAUGAAUAUUCGAGUUCCGGCAGUGGCGGAAACGGUGGCGACGAGGCGGAGACAGUACCGUAGAGAGAGGAAGUGGGAUGAGUGUGGGUGUGCGCAUGGUGGAGGGUGCAGUUGUGGGGAUAACGAAAUAUUUGCACUUGCUGCAGCUUUGUAAGGCUUUUAACAAUUAGGAAAUACCUUAGAUGUGAGCCCGGUCCAUCAAGCUUGAGAUUUAAGGAAUUGCUCCACUGUAAUAUCUCAAGUUUGAAACUUCUUAGAUAUUAUUUUUGGCUAUAUUUUAAAAAUUAACCUAGUUACGUGUAAGUUGAUCUAAAUAGCUUGAAUUAUGUAAAAAGUAAGAUAAGCACUUAGAAGUAUCAGAGUAAUUUGGUGUAAUAUUUUUGAGCUUCAAAAUUUGAUGGUAUUAGUGAAGUUUUGAGCGUUGUUGAAUUGUAAAUGUUGUGAGAAACUCGUAGUAGGACCCCUCCAGGAAUGUUCUCAUCUCAAGAAUAUAUAGUACUUGAAUGAAUUUCAGACUUUUAUGCUUGAUUUGAGUUUUAA